CCUAAGAGCGUACGAGUAUCACACAUCUCUGCCCGGUCCUCGUCAACCAUCACCAUCAUCAUCAUCAUCAUCACCCUAUCAUCAACAUCGCUGACCAACGAAAUCCCUUUAGGCCCGCCAUUGUUCUUCCUCGCGGCAACCAACCCCACCUCACCAGUCACAUACCCCCCUUCCUUUUCCUUCGUUCAUCCAUCAACCCCGUCCAUCCCGAACCCUUCCAACUGUUGGCGGCCACGCAUACAUCGUCAGUUUUUCCACUAAGCUUCGACCGUAGUGCUCCUUCACCGCAUACGACCCCUUUGCCAAGGUUGCGGCUGCGACAGCCCUUCGAGAUCUCGACGAAACGGAUUCACUCAACGCCAUCAUGACCCAUUCCGAGGAGGAGUCUACCGCUUUGGCGCUUUUAUCACAGUUGUCGGUGUCGCCGUUCAGUCAACCGCAGAAUACACUUUCUGCGCUCAAACGGCUCAAGCAUGAACUCAUCGGCCAUGAACAGAAGAAGGAAUUGUUUGUGCGUCUGGGACUUGUGCCUCCACUCGUUAGGAUCCUGGAGGGUGCUGGUAGUGCGGAUGAAGUUUGGAGCAACGCUAGAUUAGAAGCUGGAAUUGCAGUUGGGAGCCUGGCUUAUGGUAUCGUCCCUUUAGGAUGCAUAUUUAGAUGAUCCGGAUAUCCGUGGCUGUUUUGCCCCCUCUGAGAAUAUCGUUAACCACUGAGUGGUGUCAUAUAGGCGGUGAAAAUUAUAUCUCGCAUUUGUUCAAUUCACAGGCUUUCCCUCCGCUAAUAGCUUCCCUGGAUCCUUCCUCAUCUCCGCCGAAACUUGUUCUAUCGUCCCUUCGCACAUUGAACACGAUUCUGGACACUUCAGCAUUCUCCGCGACGUGUCUCUCAUACACAAUCGCUACGGCUCUUUAUACCCCCGGGGUUCUGGAUAGUCUCUACAGAAUUCUUUCGCAAGAAUCUCCAGCUGCUUUAGUCCAACAGCAGAUUUCGCUCACAGCAUCCCUCAUUGCUAAAUCGUGUGGUCGGUGUGCUCCCGGCAGUUCGGAUAAUAGUGGAUGCCAUUCGGCUCACCAAAGGCUGCUUGUGGAGGCUGGAGUUCUCGGAGCCCUGAGUGCUAGGUUGGGGGGCCAUAUCGUGGCCGAGAAAUCUAUUCCUAAAAGCCCUAAAAAUGCUCAUAGCAGUGAUAUGCCUCCCCCUGCUCCUCCGGGUGCAAAGUUGGCCCCGAUUCUUGACGCCAUCUCCGUCAUCAUCAAGGAUUCUAGGCUUCGUUCUCUGGAGUUUCUGUUUUCUCCAUCAAUCGUAGCAAUCUUUCCUCUCCCUACCAAUGAACCUUCUGAGCCCGAUGUCCCGUCAUCCUCGUCUAGCAAACCGGGCGAGGGAAUAGUAGGUUUAACAUCCUCGAUAAACCUGCCUCAGCCUAAGCCCGCGAGCAACUCGAUAAUACAACCCCCGAAUUUGCUUAUAACACCGUCCGCCUUUCCCCCGCUCUCAGCAGCAUCUGUGGCCUCCCCCACCACUUCAAGUCACAUAACGGAAGGCUCGGUGCGUGGUAGUAGUGGCUUUCCAGCAUCAAGUCCUUUCUAUAACCCCCUGACAGGAGUCACAGAGUCCCAGGCCGCGCUUCUUGCCAGUGGCCAUGCUGGGGAUGAUUCUGGAUCUUCCACCGGCGGCGAUACUCCUCUACGCCAGAGGGCAGAGAUUGCCGAUCUGGAGGAUCGCAUACUUCGUUCGGCCGCGCUGGCUGUACCUGAGGGCGGAUCCAGCCGUUCCGAGGUCGAUCUCGAAAUUGAGGAGUCCCCCAUCUUACCGUGGCUAAUAUCGCAAGUUCGUUCCGGGGACUCCGUUACGAGACUGAUGGCAAUAAGUGUUUUGACAAAUUUGUUCAGGGUGGAGCUUGUGAGCAAGAAGCUUGUGCAUUUGCUGAUAUUGCUGGUUUUGCCGGUUCUAGUUCGACUUUUGACCGAGGAAGGUAAAGAGACUCGGGUAAAUGCAGGGAUUGGUAGCGUUGAUACGGAGACAUGGGCGAGCUGGACCAUUCAAGAAAAGGCGCCGGCGAUUCUGGCAAGAUUGGUAAUGGAUAGCACUGAAAUGCAAAAGGCUGCGGUAGAUGCUGGGGCAAUCAAGAAGCUGGCUGCGAUGCUGAAAAGAGCUAAUGAGUUACCAUCACCUGCAAUGAACGGUCACCAAAACGGAAAUUCCCAUGACUCAGGCCAUGCAGCGGAGCCAGGAAGUAAUCUGGAGGUCGCCCACAAGAUGAAGGUUAAGGAAGGGGGGUUGAAAUGUCUGGCUAGCCUUGCAUUAUUCAAAGAUGAAUAUCGGAAGGCGAUCAUUGAAACGGGGGUUGUCCCGGUCCUCGUGUCUUCGAUGAAACCACUCGAACCCAUUCCAACACCCGUGCCUCAGCAGAACACAGUUGGACAAGGAAAUCCCCCGGCUGUACUCACAGCCGCCUGCGGCGCUAUUAGGGCAUUAUCCCGCUCCGUCUCCAUUUUGAGAACCUCCCUGAUUGAUGCUGGAAUCGCUCUACCGUUGUUUGCUCUCCUCCGCCAUGACGAUAUCGAGGUACGCAUUGCUUCGACGGCAGCUGUUUGCAACCUCGUUCUGGACUUCUCCCCAAUGCGAAGGCCGAUACUAGAGGCCGGAGUUCUUGAUGUACUCUGUUCACACGCGAAGAGCGAAAACGCUGCACUAAGGUUAAAUGCGCUUUGGGCUUUGAAGCAUUUGGUUCUGGAGGCUGAGACUGAGGUAAAGAAGAAGUGCUUUGAGGGGCUGGGGGUGGACUGGCUCCUCGGGGUCAUCCGCCGAGACGUGUACGGGGAUGAAGAUGGAGAGGAUGAUGAGAUGGCGGAUAGUGAAGACGACGAUGGGGAUGAUACAGAAGGCGGCAUGGAGGACAGCAUCGGUGAUCUCAGGAGAAUGGGUGCUGGGCGGACGGGCGACGAGGAAUAUUUUGAUGCCCCGGAGGAGAGGGCCAGGUCAUGGGCAAGGAGGUUCCCCCCAAAGGCAACUGCAGUAAUGGCACAGCUAGAGAGGAGAGAGAGAGAUGACUCUUUAAGAAGGAAGAAGGAGGACAUUGCUUUGCAGGAACAGGGUCUAGACUUCUUGCGGAACUGGAUUUGCGGCAAGGAUCGCAAUCUCAUGAUUGACCAUCUUUUCGAGAGCGUCGGGAAAGAUCGGGUCUUUGAUAUUUUGGAGGACAAACUGAAGCAUAAGCGCUAUGUGAAAAGAGGGGAGUUGAUCUCUGAAUCUCCGCCUGGGGAAAUUGUGACUUCCGUUGUGUAUAUCCUUGUUCAUCUUGCCACAGGUUCACUUCCUCACAAGAAGGCCUUGAUCCAACGUGUGGAUCUUCUAAGGGCUCUAUCUGCCCUUUGGAAUCACCGACUUGCUCAUGUCAGAAGUGGUCUCGCAUGGGUUGUCAUCAAUCUUACCUGGCACGAAGAACAUGAGGAUAUCGAAGAGGUUCAGACUCGAGCCAGGGAGUUAAUCAGGCUAGGGUUUGACAAGAGCUUAGAAAGCAUGUCUCAGGAUUCCGAGCUGGACAUCAGAGAGAGAGUCAAGACUGCCAGACAUCAGCUGGGCAUUGCUGGGCCUGCGGAUUAACUGUUGUCGUCACCUACCUACAAUUCGAUUUGCAAAGAUAUGUGUAUUACUACUGGGCCCUGGAUCUCUGUCUUCCUACUCUUUAUGUCAGUCACCUAUCCCCCCUCCCUUGUUUGUUCCCUAGAUAAGGAAUGCGGGCGAGGUAUACGGGUGAGAUCGCCUUUUUUUUUUUUUUUUGUUAUUGGUAUUGAUUUUGGUCUUGUUUCUGCGAAUUUUCAUACCUUUGAUUUGCGAAGGGUUCAUUCAUCACGGUGCUAUGCAAAAAAGGGAAAGGGAAAAAUGUUAUUGGGGAACUAUUUGGCUAUGGGCUCUUUUCUAUGUUUGGUGAGGGAUGAUUGGUGGGCUUGAGGGAGUUUCAUUGGAAUUGAAAAAAAUCUGGAUACUUUUUUUUGUCGGUACAGUCAGUGUCUUUAGCCAGGAGAUGGUGGUUGGAUUGGUUAAGUUAAGGGCGUCUUGCAAGGGUUUCAUUCCUGUUAUGGUCUCAUGAAGGAGAAAGGGGGUUCUUGGUAAAAUGUCAAUGUUGGGUUGCCAUG